CUUUUGGGUCCCUUUUUGCCUCCGAGGCGUGAAUCUUAUACUUCCAGUCGUCUCUUUAUUAUUAGCCACCCAAAGUCCAAACAACAAUCAGAUCCUCUCGCUGAUCUCUACGCUCAACAUGGCUUUCAUGAAUACCACUUCCAGCAUUGCCAUGGCCCUUGCUGGCAAGACGGCCUCUGUUGAUAUUCCCAAGCCGCGUUCCGGCUUCCCCAUGGGGGGCCGCGACUCCGCUCGCCCUGGACAUCCUGCGAUGUUGCCUACUCCGCCCAACUCCAUAUCCCCCACUUUGCCUCCGCAGGGCUUCAGACGACAGGACGCUAAUCCUGGCUACUCCCCGCUUGCCUCUUCGCAUGUGGAGUCCGAUGUCGACCUCGAAGAUCCCGCCGAUCAUGCGAACAGUCCUAACGGCGCCCACGGCGCUGCUCAUAACCUAGAUAGCACCGGGGCCAUCACCCCUGGAAUGUUGGCCAAGUGCCACCUUCCAGAGAUCAUGCUUCAGCAUGGCCCCUUGGCGAUUCGCCACCUGAUGGGCUACCUGACGACUUGCGUCCCAGGUUUCUCAAGAAUCCCCCCUGCCAAAGCGCGCAGGCUGGUGGUGGCUGCGCUGGAGGGUCGCGGCAGCGAUGAUAAGACUGGCGGUCGUGACGGCGAUGUGAUAUUCGAGAAAGUUGGCUGGGGUCGCUGGGACGCUCGCCGUCGUGGUGAGCAGUCUCGGGAUGCGCAACACCUCAACGUGUCGCCACCCUCUAGCGUCUCCAACUCUUUCCCGCAGCGCGGUAUGCAAAUCCCUACCAAGCGGGAGAGCAUGCAGCCCUAUGGCAGUAGCAUCACGGGCGAUUCGGCUGUCUUCUCAUAUUCCGAAAUGGAUUAUGGUGGACAUGACAUUAGCAUGCUGGAACAUGAGGCAGAUAAGAUGUCUCUCGAUGGGAAUGAACGCGAGUACUGCUCGUCGUCUGAGGCUCCAGAUGACGAGAUGCAGGAUGAUGACUGGGGUGAAGAAGAUGUUACUGACGAGGAAGAUUGGGCCCAGAUAGGUGCUGCAGCGCUCCGCGCGCGAUCUUUGAAUGCCACGGGUGGCUUCAUGCACGGGGCGCUUCCAUCGCCGCAGCUCCGCGGCGGGGGACCCGCUGCAUCCUCACUGGCAAAGUCCGCACCGCGCAGAAUACCUGUGCAACAGCUUGGCUUUACUCUCCCAGAAGGCGUCAUGGACGACCGGGAAGAGCGUGCAGCUGUUGAAGCACUCUUACGACUUGGGUCGAUGUAAUGUUAUAUAUCACCGAAGCGUUGCGAGACAUUCAUACCCGCAACGCCUGCAUUCCUUGAUGGUUGAGGCUGGACCUAUCGAUACAUACCUUUACGUUCUACGAAUGAUUCUUUGAAAGAAUUCCCAGCAAGCUGGACGACGUUACGAUUCGACUGGAUCGAUCCGACGAUGCAUUGGGUGG